AUGGACUGUGGGUCGGUGACAAAACCCUCCAAAUCGUCCUCAAAUAUAACCGAAAUCGUUUCCAGGUUUGCGAGAGUUUGCAGGUUUAGAUCUGUUGGAGUCUUCUCCUCCUCGGAAAACCCUGGUCAUACCCGCCACGAUCAUUGCCCCAGUAAUGGGGAUGUGGUGAUGGUUGAAGGCUGCAGUGACGCGACUGAGGAGACUGAGUGCAAAGCCGAGAAGGUUCAUCCUCAACCUGUUGAGGGUUUGAGCAGAAGUGGUGCAUGUGGUGGUGGUAAUGUGGAGAUUUUGAAGCUAUUCGACACUGUUUCAUCUCUGAAGCUGGCUUAUAUUCAGCUCCAGCAAGCUCAUAUUCCCUAUGACCCCGAAAAAAUCAAGGCUGCUAAUGAGCUUGUUGUUGCGGAGGUUGAAGCUCUCUGCAAGAUCAAACGAGCUUAUAAGGAGAAGAAGCAUUUGGGAAAGGUCAAGCUUGGUUCUUCCCACUCCGAGCUGAUUCAAGUGAAAGAGAAGUUGUUGGAACAGUUGAAGUCUCAAGCUACGGCCAAAGACUCUGAGAUACUGAGUUUAAGAGGGCAACUUGAGGACUUGGAUUUGAAGAAUGCGGAACUUACUGACAAACUUGAACGGAGGUGUUUGGAAGAAGAGAAAGUUGGGGUUUUUAACCAACCUUCAUUUCAGGAUGCCUUUAAUGCAGCCUCGAAGGCAAUUCAUGAUUUUGCCAAACCAUUAAUUAGCUUCAUGAAGGUUUCGGGUUGGGAUUUGGACCUAGCAGCAAAUGCAAUCGAAGAAGAUGCGGUUGUCUAUUCCAAAAGAUGUCACAAGAAGUAUGCUUUUGAGGCCUACAUUGCCCGGAGAAUGUUUCAUGGGAUUUCAAUCCAAUCUUGCAAUUUUGAAUAUGGUACUGGGUUUGAUAACCCGGUUGGUGCCCUGAUAGAAGAUCCCGAUUCGGGUUUUGCCAAAUUCUGCAGAACCAAGUAUAUAUUAGUUGUUCAUCCAAAGAUGGAAGCUUCAUUUUUCGGGAAUUUGGAUCACUGGAUGCUAGUAAUGAGGGGCAAGCAUCCGAGGACGCCAUUCUAUCAAGCAUUUGUGAAAAUGGCCAAGUGUGUUUGGGUUCUUCUAGGAAUUGCAGCCUCGGUUAAACCCAAAGCCGAAAUUUUUGAAGUCAAAAGAGGCAGUGAAUUCUCUGAUGUUUACAUGGAGUGUGUGGAGGGGGACAAGGAACCCACAGGUGGGUUUGAUGAAGGACAAACAAGGCUCAAAGUUGAGUUCAUGGUGAUGCCUGGAUUUAGAAUAGGAGAUACACUGGUCAGGUCUCGGGUUUAUCUCUCGAAAAUGAGAUCCUGA